UAUCACUUUUUACGAGUUGCGCGUCACUAAAUAACCAAUAGCUGCAACACCUGUCAAAUAUAAACUACACAUUUGUGACAUCUGUCACCAGUGACACUAACAAUGGCGUAAAACAGUGACAAUUCAUUUUUUUUCUCACAUUUAUUGACUCAAUUUGACCUGAAUGUCAUGUACUACGCUUCGGAGCUAAUUCCUGCAAAGUUUCUCGUUUUAGUUGCCCAUUUCAGCAUUUGUGUGUUGUUAUUAUGGAACAGCCCCCAGAGUGUCAAGGCCUGUUUGAGGCAGGAGGCCUCCGAGGAAGUGUUCCGGGGUCACCAUACCCAUUCGACUUAGUCGAAGACAUGUCACUGAAUGAAAAGGAAAUCUCCCAAACUCGCCCAUCCUGGACCCGGGUUCUGGUCCUAGCUGGGGUGGCCACCACCCUUGGUUCCUCCCUCCCCGUAGGCUACAACAUUGGCGUGGUCAACUCACCCGCAGGGGUCAUUAAAUUAUUCUGCAACCAAAGUGUUCAAACCCAUUAUGGUGUGACCCUCCACGAGGGCGGCCUCGACUUCCUAUGGUCCACCAUCGUGUCCAUAUUCCUCGUGGGUGGUACCAUUGGGUCCCUCACUGGGUCGUUUUUCGCCGAUAGGGCCGGUCGCAAGGGUGCCUUAAUCGUGAGUUCCCUUAUGGGAACCAUCGCCGGCGUUUGUUUUUUCGCAUCGAAAAGCGCAAAUUCCUUCGAGUUGUUGAUCUUUGGGAGACUCCUCGUGGGAGUGUCCUCAGGGUUGAUUACGAGUGUCAUGCCCAUGUACUUGACGGAGCUGGCGCCGAAUUUGUUGAGGGGGUCCAUGGGGGUGUUGUGCCCCCUUGGAGUCACUUGUGGGGUUCUUGUGGGGCAAGUUUUGUCCCUGGAGGGGAUUUUAGGGAAUGAGGAUUAUUGGCCACAUUUAUUGGGAUUUUAUUUGCUACCUCUUGUUUCGUGUAGUGUGAUUUUAGUGUUUUUGCCUGAAAGUCCAAAGUACCUUUUCAUAAUUAAGAAGCAACCACUUCUGGCGCUGAAACAAUUAUCCCUCAUCCGCAACGUCAAAGAGGAGUUCCUCUCCCACGAAAUCCAAGACCUGAAACUCGAGGAGCAAGACAACGACGUUGAGGGCGAAGAAUGGAGCAUAAUUCGCGUCCUUAAAGACAAAUCAUUAUUACUGCCACUUCUUCUAGUCUGUAGUCUUCAAGCAGGACAGCAAUUCAGCGGAAUCAACGCCGUUUUCUACUACUCGGUUUCAAUCUUCCAAAAAGCGGGACUUUCGCUGAAAAACAGCCAACUUGCGACUAUUGCAGCUGGAUGUUGCAACCUUUUAAUGGCGAUUAUCUCGAUCCCUGUGAUGGCAAAAUUCAAUCGCAGAAGCACCCUCCAACUCAGUCUAGUGACCACGGCUUUUUUCCUCAUCGUCCUCGGACUCGCCAUCACUUUUAUUGCGCACUUCUCCUGGAUGCCCUAUUUGAGCAUCGUGGGGGUUUUGGGCUUUGUGGUGUGCUACGGGAUCGCCCUUGGACCCAUCCCUUAUUUCAUUGGGUCCGAGUUGUUCGAGGUUGGGCCUCGGCCCAGCGCUAUGGCCCUUGGGAGUAUGGCGAAUUGGGGCGGGAAUUUCGUGGUGGGGUUGGGGUUUCAGGCCAUGUUGAGGUUUCUCGGCGCCGCUUCGUUCUUUAUUUUUGCCCUAAUUGUGGUGGUUUUGUUCUUUUUUGUCAGGUUUUAUUUGCCCGAGACGAGGGGACGAGAUCCGGUCCAGAUUGCUGCUUUGUGCAAAAGGGGGUUCUCGUCGAGGCCUUUGGAGUCGCCGGUGGAUUCGGCGAGUACUGUGGAUACGUUUUCGGUGAAUGAUGGAAAAGAGGGGGCUUGAAAGGGGAGAAAUUGGAGUCUUGUCUUCCAUU